AUGGAAGUUUCUCCAUGUGCAGAUUUGACAAUUCGCCAUGUUAACUUGGAACAGCAGGAGAACCAGGAAAGCCAUGAAACGGAGGGCUUCAGCGCCAGGACCCUGGUUGUGAGGAGGGGCCAGCCUUUCAAAAUCAGUCUGGCACUGGGGGGGAGAGGUUACGACCCAGUCAGACACAGACUGGUGUUUAAAAUGCUAUUAGGUGACCUGUAUGUCCAGAUCCCUGUCAAUUUCUCCAAGCAGCCAGCGCAACCUCAGUGGGCUGCUUACUUUCAUGCUGACAGCUUGGCAGACCCUCAGACCCUAACCCUCUACCUGUGCACCCCUGCCUCUGCCCCCGUGGGCACCUACCAGCUCCAGCUCCACGUGCUCUCCACCUACCAGCACAAGACUUACAGGGUGGGCCAGUUCACCCUGCUCUGCAAUCCCUGGUGCAAAGAUGAUUCAGUGUAUCUCCCCCUGGAGAGCCAGAGAGAGGAAUAUGUCAAGAAUGACUUUGGCUUCUUGUACAUGGGCACCCCCAGUAACAUAGCAUCCAGACCAUGGUCUUUUGACCAGUAUGAGACAGACAUCCUGGAGGCCUGCAUGAGCCUACUCCAGGUAAGCCCUCAGCACAAAAUGGACUGGAACAAGGAUUACCUGAGCCGUGGUGACCCAGUCUACAUCAGCCGAGUGGUGUCCGCCAUGAUUAACUGUCAGGAUGACCAGGGAGUUCUGAUGGGCAAAUGGUCAGGGGACUACGGCAAUGGUGUGCACCCAACCAAGUGGACAGGGACCGGGGAAAUUCUCAGCCAGUGGGCCAAGUCCAACUUUAUCCCUGUUAAAUAUGGCCAGUGCUGGGUCUUUGCUGCAGUCAUGUGUACUGUUAUGCGGGUGCUCGGGAUUCCAUGUCGUGUGGUCACCAACUUCAACUCGGCCCACGACACGAACGCUAACCUGGUGAUCGAGGAGUAUUACUCCCCCAUGGGGAAGAAGCUGCCUCGCAGCAAAGACAGCAUCUGGAAUUUCCACGUGUGGGUAGAGAGCUGGAUGAGGCGUCAGGAUCUUGGAAUGGCUUAUGAUGGAUGGCAGGUGUUGGAUCCCACCCCACAGGAGAGGAGUGCAGGUAUGUUCCGCUGUGGCCCGGCAUCGGUUAAGGCCGUGCAAGACAAGCAGCUCAACGCGGCCUUCGACGUCCCCUUCGUGUACGCCGAGAUGAACGCAGAGGUGCACACGUUCAUCAUGUCCAACCACCAGUCCUUCCAGGUGGACACGGACUCGGACAGAGUGGGAGCACUCAUCUGCACCAAGUCCCUGGGCACCAGUCUCCCACAAGACAUCACUGCUUCUUACAAAGCUCAGGAAGAUCAAGAUCGUUUGUAUACAUUUCUCAAAAAUACCAAUAACAAUCUAUCAUUGACUGCAGUGUGUUAUAACAUGUAUGGCUUUUUUCCAUCUCUCUCAUCAGCGCCUGCCGCCCUCGACAGAAGAUCUAGACAAGGUCUGACUGUGUCCCUGAAAUUCGACCAUGUUCCAAUGGCGGGAGAUGACAUCUGCUUCACGGUCAUGGUGGCCAACCAGGGAAACACUAUGAAAACGCUGAGGGAGCACGUGAACGCCCAGGUCAAGGAGUACAGCAACAGUCCAGGAGACACCUUCUGGGAGGAACAUAAGGUUGUACAGAUCAGCCCUCACCAAACCCUAGAGAUACCACACGUGAUUCCUCUUGAGAAAUGUGAGGUUACGAUUGGGGAGAACCUGGUCAAUCUGGCUGUGGUGAUUGAAGAUGAGGAGAGUCAGGAGCGAGUACUAGCCCAUGAGGACUUCAACAUCGCCAGCCCUGAGAUCGUCAUACAGGUUCCAAACAAAGAAAAUGUGGUGCCACAGAAAGAGCAUAAGGCCCAGCUGGCGUUCACCAACACUUUCCAUGUACCCAUCGGAGGCGUGCUGACCGUAGCAGGAUCUGGCCUGCUGGAGAACAAGAUCCAGAUCAGGGUACUAGCCCUCCAGCCAGGCAAAACCAUGCAGGAGAUGAUCAGUUUCACUCCUAAGAUGGCAGGGGUCAAGAUGCUUCACGCCAGCCUUGUGCUGUCCAACAUCCCAACUGUGAUCCGGGGCUUCAAAACCAUCAGUGUCAAAACUCUGUAAGGAGUCUUUUUUUAAGAACAGUACUUAAUGUGCACCUGAUUUGGACUAUUUCCAAAUGAAUGAAUCAUCAGCCAUGUACACCACAGUGUACUAUUAUAAUAUUAUUAUUAUAAAUUAUAAUUAUAAUAACGAAUAUAUGUUUUUUUUUGUAUUAUUAUAAAAUAAUGAAUGCACUUGAAGGGGAAUUUUUUUUAGUAGUACGUGUAUUAAUAAUUGUGACAGUUUAAAGUUGCUUGGCAUGAAAUAUUAUUAUUAUUAAUAAUAAUAAGAUAAUAAUACUGCAUUGUGUUACGUCAAAUGUGAGACUCACCUACAGACUCUUUGUAUAAAUUAUUUGAAUUAUUUAUUUUGUAAGGAUUUUACCUUACAAUCAUAUUUAUGUAUUUUGUACCCUCUUAAACAAUAU